AUGCUCCUUGUAGAGCGUUAUCACUCGGUGGAGAUAAGGGUUGAACGAAACAGACAGAGACGAGUUCUGAUAGCGAAGAAUGCAAUCUUUGCUACGCUGAGCAUUGUCCUUGUUGCAUCAUUCGCGCUCUGGGACGGACGCCAUGGAAGCACCGAUCGUUCCUUGCUCGCUCCAGUCUUGGAGAGAUCGGAUGGUUAUCUUGGUAAGCUGGAUCCUGGGAUCAUUGCGAACAUGAACCUCUCUGUUGACCCCUGCGACAACUUCUACGAGUAUGCCUGCGGGAGUUGGAUAGCGUCGGCCAAAGUGCCCACUGACCAGAGCGAGCUGCUGUUGAGCUGGGACGAGACACAGGAUAGGGUUGACCUUGAAGUGAGGAAGUUGAUGGAGCAGCAAGCGCCCGAGGACUCUCCCAUGGAGAGCGUGAACAAGUGGUACAAGUCAUGCAUGGACGAGGAGAGCAUCGAAGAGGCUGGGGCCUCGCCCCUCAAGAUCUUUCUGGACGAGAUCGACGCCGUUGAGACGGAGGAGCAGCUUCAUUCCAUCAUCGCUCGUUUCAUCAACACGGGGAUCUUCAUCUUCAUCAACUGGCGGGUCGAGCCCUACGUUCUAGAUCGCGGCUCGUACGCUAUCAUACUCGACCUUCCUAACUUCAUGCUGCCCAGCCUGUCCUACUACCUUGACGCGAACGAGGCGGGCAUGCGAGAGGUCCUCCGGACCUUUUUGAUCGAUACCGCGAUCCUUGCAGGCUACCCUCGAGCAGAAGCUGAGAACUCAGCUGAAGAGAGCAUCUCGAUCGAGCAGGAGCUGGCUGGCUGGAUCGCUCAGGAGAACGAUGCCAUGCCGCAAGCAGGCCCAAUGGCGGUGAACAUGAGCACCCUGGUGGAGAGGUACCCGGGGAUCCCUUGGCGGGCCAUCUUGACGAGGCUGACGGAUCACUGCGAGACCGUUGGCUUCGACUGCCUGCAGUCGGUCAAGAGAGACGCUGACAAGUUCCUCUUCAUCGACCUCUCGUACCUCGAGCGCUUGUCCUUCGCCCUCCACACUCGACCUGCAAGGAGCUGGAUCCCCCUCCUGCGUCACUCCCUCAUCCACUGGGCAGCUCCUUUCCUCGACUCGAGGUUCAGGAACGCAGAGUUUCAGCUGAGGAGGGGGCUGACGGCUGGCUUCCUCCCUCAACCGCGGUGGAAGUUCUGCAUCCAGAGGACCGGCGAGGCGCUUCCGUCCAUGACAGACAUGAUGUUUGUGAGCAAGUUCUUCACGCCGCAGGACAGCAAGGUGGGAGGAGAGGUCAUCAGACGCCUGAAGACCUCCUUCAUCCAUCGCCUGCAGAACGCGAACUGGCUGGACGACCCCACGAGGAGGAGAGCGCUCAGCAAGGCCGAGAGCAUGGCUCUUAACAUCGGGGCUCCUAAUAACUACAUGUUCCUCCGCCAGCCAGUCUCUUCCAGCUUCUUCAACAACAGCUUGAAGGCGGGCUCUCUGAACUUCCUUGAGAAGCUCAGCCUCGUGGACGUCAAAGUUGACAGGUCGCUCUGGAAGCUCCCAGCAGACACUGUCAACGCCUGGUAUGACGGAGCAGUCAAUGCCAUCUUCAUUCCCGCCGGGAUUAUGCAGCCUCCUUUCUUCGACAGGAGCAAGCUUGCAGCGCAGAACUUCGGAGGGAUCGGGACAGUCGUCGGGCACGAGAUUACCCACGGUUUUGACACCAAGGGGUCGCUGCUGAACGAGAACGGAGAGCCGGAGUCCUGGUGGACCGCGGAGACCAGGAAGAGGUUCCAGGAGAGACUGAGCUGCAUCGAGGAGCUCUACGACAGGUUUCGGAUAGCAGGUGUCCCGGUGGACGGGAUCAACACAGCAGCUGAAAACGUUGCUGACAUGGGGGGCGUGGCGGUGUCUCUUCAGGCCUUCCGCGAGUGGCACAGGGAGAAGCUCAAGUCUGAAGCUUCUCAAGGGAUGGUGCAGGUCUUCUUCCUCUCCUACGCACAGGACCCUCAUGCUCCGAAACCUUUCCGGGUCAAUGCAGUUGUUUCUCAGAACCCUUCGUUUGCAGAAUCUUUCAGGUCCUCCUCAUCCUCCUCUAUUCCUCCUUCUGUCAUCUCCUCCUGA